AUGGAUAUCCACCUUGCCAGAACGCCCACUCCUGCGCUGCGUUCGCUUCGCCUUCAUCCGAGCUUCCUGUCCUGGCGCUCAGAUAUCUUCAAGAACUUAUCUGUCCUCGACAUCGAAGCACACCAGCGAGCGCUCGGCCUACCCAAUGAACGGGGAAUGCUAGGCGUCCUCCGGGAUUGUCCUAGUCUCGUGGAGCUACGCCUCUGCUUCAAGGGCAACUUCCCGGGUCCCAGUGUAUCCUCCACGGACCGAAUGCAUGAUGUGACGUUGCCGCACCUAUCUACGCUCUCGUUGGAAGAAUUCUCUCCUGCAGGUGUCGCGAACUUCCUCUCCCACCUGACGCUGCCCGCAUGCACCCGCUACAAUCUCCACCUCAAUCAGCCAGGCUCAGACUACACAUAUCCCUACUUCCCGAGAGUCUUUCCUGAAGACUUGGUCCGCUGUCCAGCGAUCUCUACCACUAAAGCUGCGGAGCUCGACUUCGACAGGGAUGCCCUCCUUCGCGUCUACCCAGUGAAUGUCGAGUCGAACACGCCUACCGUCGAUUUCACCCUUGGUUUACAUGGGGAGUACAAGCCAAUCCCCGUUGUGGCUAUUCCCGAUGGCGUCCUAGAGUCUACCGAAACUCUCGUAGUCGUCGGCUCUCCGGACAACAACGCUCAUGAUGGUACUUUCAAUUGGCUCGACGUGUUCCGCCAAGUGCCGCGUCUGCGCACGCUGCGCCUUAUGGGGCCCGAUGCCGCCGAUCUAGACGAGACUCUCUGGCCUUUGGUCCAGGGUGCCGGCCCGGACGACGUCGAGCUCAUUUGCCCCCAGUUGGAGUGCCUCGAGGUCGUAGGUCGCAGGUGGUACCAACCGUACACGGUCCUCAACGAGGAGUCGUUGGAGGACAUCGCGCGCAGCCGCAACUGCGGGGGCCACCAAAGGUCUUUUCGACGUCUACUUUUGGAGAAGGGUCACGUAUCCGAUGAGUGUGUCGAGCGCCUGCGCGAUCUCCAGGUAGACGUAGUUAUUUAUCUUGUUGAGGAGUACUCCUUCGGCUCUGAUGACGACGCAAUCUCUGAGUAGGUUUAUGUCUUGCCUAACGUCGACUCUUUCGCUUUCCCAGUACUCUCUUCUAGCAUUCAAAGUAGUCAAGCUUCGCAAGUAGAUACACCGUCGUCAAGGAUAUCGUCCAUCCAUGCUG